CGAUGAUGGACGGACAAACCUGGCGCGUGGGCUUUAGCUGUCUCCUCCUCCUGGUUCUCGUUGGGUUUGCCCAGAGCGAGGUGGUGCGGAGCUGCGAAGAAGUUCGGAAACUUUUCCAGGGACGGCAUUUGGGGCCUGUCAAGGGGCUGCCGGAUUCACCGCGGGCAGGAUCUGACCUUCAGGUUUGCAUAUCCAAAAACCCCACAUGCUGUACCAAGAAGAUGGAGGAGCAAUAUCAGAUUGCAGCUGGUCAGGACAUGCAGCAGGUCCUUCAAACAUCCAGUUCUACAUUGAAGUUUCUGAUCUCUCGAAAUGCAGCCGCUUUUCAAGAAACGCUUGAAACUCUCAUCAAACAAGCAGAAAAUUACACAAGUAUACUUUUUUGCAACACCUACAGGAAUAUGGCCUUAGAGGCUGCGGCUUCAGUUCAGGAGUUCUUCACUGAUGUAGGGCUCUUCUUAUUUGGUGCAGAUGUUAAUCCUGAAGAAUUUGUAAACAGAUUCUUUGACAGUCUUUUCCCUCUGGUUUACAACCAUCUGAUAAACCCUGGUGUGACUGGUAACAAUAGGGAAUAUUCAGAAUGCAUCCGCCUAGCCCGCAGGGAUGUUAGUCCAUUUGGUAAUAUCCCCAAAAGAAUAAUGGGACAGAUGGGAAGAUCUCUGCUGCCCAGCCGCACGUUUCUGCAGGCACUCAACCUAGGCAUUGAAGUCAUCAAUACCACAGAGCAUCUGCAGUUCCCCAAAGAGUGCAGCCGAGCCCUCUUAAAGAUGCAGUACUGCCCUCACUGCCAGGGCCUGACUCUCAGUAAGCCUUGUAUGGGCUACUGCCUCAAUGUCAUGAGAGGCUGCUUGGCACAUAUGGCAGAGCUUAACCCACACUGGCAUGCAUACAUCCGGUCACUGGAAGAGCUAUCAGAUGCGAUGCAUGGAACAUACGACAUUGAACACGUGCUCCUGAACUUCCAUUUACUUGUUAAUGAUGCUGUGAUACAGGCUCACCUCAAUGGACAAAAAUUAUCUGAACAGGUAAAUAAGAUUUGUGGCCAUCCAGUCAGAACACCAACACAAAGCCCCCGUUGUUCUUUUGAUUGGAGCAAAGAGAAGCAUGGAAUGAAGAUCUCAGUAAGAAAUGGCGAAGAGACACUUGCCAACAGAAGAAAAGAAUUUAUCAACAGCCUUCGACUGUUCAGAACGUUCUAUGGAGGCCUGGCAGAUCAGAUUUGUGUUAAUGAAUUAGCUGCUGCUGAUGGACUACCCUGCUGGAAUGGAGAAGAUAUAGUCAAAAGCUAUACUCAGCGUGUGGUUGGAAAUGGAAUCAAAGCCCAGUCUGGAAACCCUGAAGUGAAAGUCAAAGGAACUGAUACUGUGAUUAAUCAGAUUAUUGAUAAACUGAAGCAUGUUAUACAGUUGUUACAGGGUAGGUCAACACACAAACCUGACAAGUGGGAACUUCUUCAGCUGGGCAGCGGUGGUGGCAUGGUUGAACAAGUCAGUGGGGACUGUGAUGACGAAGAUGGCUGUGGGGGAUCAGGAAGUGGAGAAGUCAAGAGGACACUCAAAAUCACCGACUGGAUGCCAGAUGAGGUGAACCUCAGCGACGUAAAGCAAAUUCAUCAAACAGACAGUGGCAGUAUUUUCGACACAACUGGAGCAGGCCACUCAACAGUGACUGAAUCUAUGACAUUUACUGUGAUGGGUGUGGUAAUGUUACUUCCUGGGCUUUGGUAACUGAACUCUUCAGUCCUGACUUACACAUCUUAUCAAAGUCUUGAUUUCCACCCCACCCCUCCUUCAUGUGUCUGGAAUAAGAGAUCAUUGUAAAUGUAACAGUUAUACUUAUGAAAAGGUAUGUCACACUAAGUUAGAAGUCAA